AUGAACAAGAUCAUCGGACGAAGCAUGUGGUCUGAGGCCUCCGAGUACGAGCGUCUCAAAUCACUUGAAAGAGAAGACGAUGGCCUCGAAGAGCCUCACGAGCCCGAACGCCGCUCCACCGUCAGGCUACCGAGAAGGGUGUUCAUGACGCUCCUGGCCUGCAACGCACUUCUGUUCAUCGCAUCAGUAUACAUUCUUUGGGCGGGCACCCUUGGAAAACGCGCGCCCUCAGAGUGGGAAUGCGCGCAGACCGUCUCGCCAUGGUCGCCGUUAUGGGAGGCAGUCGAGUUCUGGGAAGGCAAUUUCGACAACGACUUUGCCCAUCCCUCCAAGUAUCGCGGCCCGCCGACGCUGGAGCUGCAGAAAACCUGGGAUGAUCUCUGGGGCGUCCGCGGCAUCGGAGUCGGCAGAGACGAUUUGCAAAAGCUCAACAAAACCGACGUCGGUCAGUACAUCGAGAUCCGGGGAAGCGACCCCGACAACCCAACGUAUGGCGCUGCGAUAGAGGCCCUGCACCAGCUCCAUUGUCUUAACGUAAUACGCCAAUAUACCUGGCCGCUGGAGAUGUAUGACAAGUCGUGGGGGAACCUAUACCCGUCCGACUUUGAAGACACGGCCACGGCACGGGUACACGUCGACCACUGCAUAGAAACCCUUCGACUGAGCUUGAUGUGCUAUGCCGACGUGACGCCCGCGCUGCUGACGUACGACAAGGAGGCUGGUGGUCGGCGAACCGACUUCAACACCCAUCACAAGUGCCGCAACUUUGAAAAGAUUAUGGAUUACAUAGACGGACAUGGGGUGCAGGUUGAUCCUGCGUGA